GCUCCUGCUUUCCUUUCUGCUUUCAAUUCAGCGUCCGGCAGCAUCGACCAUGCAGCACCAACACCGGCCGGCGCUGCAGCAGAAAGAACAUCUCUACAAAAUUCUGGUGAUCGGGGACCUCGGGGUCGGCAAGAGCAGCAUCAUCAAACGCUACGUUCACCACAACUUCUCCCCCAACUACAGAGCCACCAUCGGAGUGGACUUCGCCCUCAAAGUGCUGAACCUGGACCAGGAGACCGUCCGACUACAGCUGUGGGACAUUGCAGGUCAGGAGCGCUUCGGGAACAUGACCCGUGUUUAUUACCGUGAGGCCAUGGGUGCCUUUAUUGUUUUUGACGUGACGCGUCCAUCCACCUUUGAGGCCGUAACAAAGUGGAAGGAGGAUCUGGAUGCUAAGCUCAGCCAAUCCAGUGGGAAGCAGGUGCCCACUGUACUCCUCGCUAACAAGUGUGACCAGGGCAGCGAUGUUCUCACCAACAACGGAAUCCAGAUGGAGCGGUUCUGCCGGGAGAACGGCUUCCUCGGCUGGUUCGAAACAUCUGCAAAGGAGAACAUUAAUAUAGAUGAAGCUGCUGACUGUCUAGUGAAGCACAUUCUGGCGAAUGAAAGUGAUCUGAUCCAGGCGGAGGUGCGAGACAUCGUCUCACCAAAAAUGGACUCGAGGAGAGUGUCUUCAUGCUCUGGAUGCUUCAGAUCCUAAUGAGCCUUGAAGACCUCUGGUUACCUCUCACUGCACCAUGUUUCACACUGUUCUGCUUCACUCGUUUCUCUCAUUCGUGUCUCUCAGGUCAAAAACCAUUGCUACUGUUCUGCUAAGCACUCUGCUACAGACACCAGCUACCUACAGCAUGUAGCCUAGCUAGCUCAGUUAACCUCCAGACACCUUGCGUACAUUACUUAUACAGUGAACAAACAACAAUUUCAGGCGUUCAAACACAUUGGAUUGUGCUCUACAAUCCUCAUAUAGAUUCUGAUCUUCAUUUAUUAGAAUUAUCAACAUUAUAACUCAACAACCACAAUGCUAACUAGCUAACUGACGUAGCUGAGGUGUGAUAGGAAUGGGUUACUCUUUAAACUGUUAAAAAUACACAAAUACAACUGAGAGAACUGACCAGAGAGACCUUUGGACGCCGGGGUAAAUGCUGCAAAGGAGACGUAUAGUUCAAUCAUGAGAGUUCAGUACAUGGAAGUGUCAAACAAUAAACUUCAUACUCUUGUUCUAUCUUUAAAAGAACAUCCAGCAGAACCGAAACAAAGUAAAACAGACCAAAACGCCAAAACUCUUACAUAACAGUCUUGACUUGUUCUGUACCUAUUUUCCAUGACGAGAAGUAAAAGUAAAAGUGUCCACAGAUGGUGAACUCACACAUGGCACAUGGAUGUAAUGUAGGCUAAAAUCUACCACAAGCCUUUUAUCAUUUCUUCUAUCCAUCAUUACAUACCUGCUGUUUUCACAUCAAACAACUGCUUAAAUACUCAUUGUCAGCGUAAAAGUGACACUGAUGACUGACGUUAUAAAGAGUUUUAAGGAAGAGCAUCAUCAGCUUGAUCAUUUCUUCUAUUUAUUAUAAUUAUUAUUAUUAUUAUUAUUAUUAUUAUUAUUAUUAUUAUUAUUAUUAUUAUUAUUAUUAUGUGCAGGUGUUUAUGUAAUUGUAAAUUGUAUGUAAAAAAGUGUAAAUGAUGUGUGCACACUGCUGUGAUUGAAAUAUAAACACUAAUAUAUGAGAGAAUUUUAUUAUAAACAAUAAAUCUUC